UUCGUCGCUUCGCUUCUCCAGCAUUUAUUAAUAUUCUAGAGCUUUCUUCGACUCAUUCACUACACACUCUCGCUCGUCGUCAUCUUCGUUCCAGUGACAGGCGCUGUGAGAAAAGUUGGACGAUUUUCUUUCAUCACUUCAACGAAUCAAGAACCGCAAAAGAUUGUGAAAGAAUACUAUAUAAUAUCGAUCCAGAUUGAAAAGAUGAAGGGAGGAGUGAGAGCAGGAUUGGCAGUGAAGGCGAUCGUUGUGGUGAUAUUCACAUCCAUGUGGUUCCGUUGCGUCUCUGCUUUUGCUGCUGCGAUCAACACCAACCACUCUGUUGGCGGAGCUUCGGGUUGGGAUCUCUCCUCCAACCUCCAAGCAUGGGCUACUCACGCCACUUUCCAUGUCGGCGACUGUCUUGUGUUCAGGUACACACCGGUGCACGAUGUGCUGGAAGUGAAGAAUACAGACUACGAUAGGUGUCACACAGUGGACCCAAUGGAGACGCACGACGAAGGGGAGACAGUGAUCCAGCUGAGGGAAGUAGGAAACAGGUACUUCAUAUGUGGGCGGCUGGGACAUUGUGCUAUGGGCCUCAAGCUCCAUGUCCAAGUUUUCCCUGCACAGCUUAUGACUAAUAAUGCAACCUCGCCCGCUGCUCCUCCUCCUACUACUUCUGAUCAUCAUCAUGAUCAUCCAAACGACAACAACAACAACAACAGCAGCCAUGGGAUGAUGCUGCCUUCUCCGCCGCCUGCAGAUUCUAAUUACUCCAAUAAUAAUGAUGCGGUAGCAGCCAAGACUUCUUCUACUAGUACUACUGCUGGUACUGCUGCUGCUGCUGCUUUUUUAGUAGUUGUCUUCGUCACUUUGCAUGCAGUUGCAGAGCACUCUGCAUCAUAGGAUAAGAUAGCAAGCAAAUAGCUAUACUCUAAUCUUCAAAUACCAAAUAUCAUCCAUCACCUACCUGCCUGCCUGCCUGCCUGCCUGCCUGCCUGCCUGCCUGCCUCCCCUCAGCAUGCAGCAAAUAUUAUUACAAGGUUGAUGAUAUGUUUGGCACAGCCAACCCAUUUGAUAUAUUUGAUCCCUCUUGUCUACUUCUAGUAUGAACAAUCACCAAUUGCCUAGUUAUAUGAAUUCAACUCACACAAUAUUAUUUUCUCAAAUUCACCAUUUUCAUUUCAAUUUACAAUCUUUUACACA